GAGAGCAAGCGCUGCAAUAAACAAAAUUUCAUAUUUUACAACGAAAAGUUACAAGUUUUACAAGUUUUCAAUUCUCAACUCAUAUCGAUUGCAAGCAGUCUGUUUAGUCUGCAUUCGCAUUGAAGAUGCUCGCCAAACGUUUGGCCCAGCUCAGGGCAAUGGCAGCGGCACAUAAUUUGCUCACACGGCGUACACCAGUUGUUCAGGAAUUUGGUCGCAUUUACAGUACAAAGAAAAUGCAAAAUCAACAAACGCCGCAGCAGAAGCAGCAGCAGCAGCAGCCGCAACAACAACACAAACAAGAGCAGCAGCAGCAGCAACAGCAGGAGUUGUCCAAGCCAAUGCAGCAGCAGGAGUCGUGCAAGCCGAUGCAGCAGCAGCAGCAGCAACAGCAGGAGUCGUCCAAGCAGCAGCAGCAGGAAUCGUCCAAGCCGAUGCAGCAGGAAUUAUCGCAACAGCAAGAACUAUCGUCAGAGCCAACAUCAUCGCAUGAUGAUGAGCCGAAGAGUGGAACGUCCAUGUCGGAAAUAGAUUGGCUGGCGCAUGAGCUGGCCUCCAUGAAGCUGGAGCACAAGACGCUGCUGGACAAGUACAAGCGCGCGCUGGCCGACGGCGAGAACCUGCGCCGUCGGCUGAACCGGCAGAUCGACGAGGCCAAGCUCUUUGGCAUACAGGGCUUCUGCAAGGAUCUGAUCGAGGUGGCCGAUGUGCUGGGCCAUGCCACGCGCUCGGUGCCCAAGGACAAGCUGAGCACGAAUGCCGAACUGAAGAGCCUCUACGAGGGCCUCAAUCUGACGUGCGCCUCGCUGCAGCAGGUGUUCAAGCGGCAUGGCAUCGAGAUCUUGGAUCCGAUCAAUCAGAAAUUCGAUCCCAAUCUGCACGAGGCGCUCUUCCAGACGGUGGACAGCUCGGUCGAUGCCAACACUGUGGUGCAAGUCAACAAAUUGGGCUACAAAUUGCACAAGCGUUGCAUUCGCCCCGCCCUGGUCGGCGUCUCCAAGCGCUAAACGGCAAAGUCAUCCUGUGAAAACAAAAAAAAAAAACAUUUAUAU